GCUUCAUGAAAUUUUCUGUAAACAAUGAAAUUUUUAUCGGUCUCUAAAUUUACACAUCAGCAUAUAUUAUAAAUCCAUUUUAAAUGGCGGUCUUUCGAGAGAAUAGCUUCUCUAGCCUGUCAUCAGGAUCCUUAGAGAGGGACAGCCGUGAAGAUGAUGCGACAACGCCCUUACUAGAAUCAACGACUCCAUUGCUGGGCAGCGAUUUAGCUUCCGAAAAUGAUUGCCUUACGGGAUCUUUCUUUUCUACGUCAUCUUUGUUCUUAUCAGAGAAACGCCGGAUCAGCAUCAUGGUUACAUGUGCAAUCGCAACAUUAACACUAGACAUGGGUCUGACGAUCAUCGCCGCACCAAAAGUUCGUCUAUACGAGUCAAUUAUCUGUGCAAAGUAUUAUAGCAGUGCUGGGGGAGUUUCGUUAUUUCAAAGCGGUGGGAUUCCGGAAGAGCAAUGCAAAAUCUCAGAGGUCCAGGCACCGCUUGCGAGAAUCAUUGGUUGGCAGGUGCUUUUUGACAGUCUGCCAGCAAUUCUUUUGGCUAUUCCAUAUGGUGCCCUAUCGGACUCCAGGGGCAGGAAACCGGUGGUCAUGUCUUCCUUCUUAGGGUUGACCCUUUCCACGACCUGGAUAUUCUUUGUUUGCUGGUCUGGCUUACCUCUGCAACUAACUUGGCUUUCGUCUAUAUUUCAAUUCAUCGGGGGCGGUGCUAUUGUGGCCUCUGCUGCCAUGGAGACCAUCGUUACAGACGUAGUCACAAACGAGAAAAGGGCUAUUAUCUUUUUCAUCCUGCAGGCAACCGUGCUUUGUGCUGACAUCCUGGCACCCCCGUUAUCGUCGAUCCUCAUGGAAUAUAGUGUCUGGAUCCCAUGCGUCUUGGGUCUAGGCAUUCAAUUAUUAGGCACGGCCAUUACUAUAAUAAUUCCAGAAACUCUGCAUUUAUCUGUCUUUCACAGAGAUCCUGCUGUCAACAGUGAUGGCAAUACUAGACCGUCAUUAACUCGACAGCUAAAAACAAAUUUGGCAUCAAUAUUUCGAAAUCGAAAGGUAGCGACUCUCGUGAUAAGCCUCAUGAUUCUAACUAUUGGGAAUGAGUCUAUCGACUUCUUGUUGCAAUAUUUGUCAAAACGAUACGGGUGGCCCAUAGCAAAGGCUGCUAUAAUGCUCUCGUUACGAGCGAUCGUUGAGGCCGUUUUACUGCUUACCGUUUUACCUGUUCUUGUCCUCGUUUUAACAAAGACAAAGAUACCGGCUAUGAGCCGAGAUCUCCUCAUUGCCAGGACGAGCUCGGUUAUGAUCGUCGUAGGAUUCAUGAUCCUGGCAUUUUCUGUUCAAGUCCUACCGGCAAUAUUUGGCUUAGUGAUAUACACGUGUGGUGCAGGGUUUCAAGCCGCGAUGAUGAGCCUUCUAGCAUCUCUCUGGAAAUCAGAAAAUCUAGGUAAUGUGGGCAGUAUGUACAGCGUAGUGGCCAUGAUCAUGUCCAGCGGUGGAGCCAUUGCUGGACCUUUCCUCUCGGAAACUUUCACGUGGGGACUUGAGCUUGGAGGAGUGUGGGUUGGACUACCCUUCUUCAUGUCAGCUUGCAUCUGUGCUAUAGUCAGCGUGGUAUUGUGGUCGUUUAGAAUCCCCAAGGAGACUGUCACGACCUCGGUUGAUGAAUGUGACCAUGAUAGAGAGUUGUAGAUCACAAAUGUUAUAGAGAACAAUAAUAUGAUCCAACAUUCGGC